GCUUGGGAAUUUUUUUCCUGGCAGCCAGCUUGGAGAUCACCUCCUUAACCUAUAAAUGCGAACACACCAGUGUACAGAGCAGAGAGUAGGAAAGGUGAGAUUUGUGAGGAUGAACCUGGUAAGGUGGCCAAAGAGACCUGAGGAACUCAUCCAUUUCUCGAAAAGCCUCAUAUCAGCUCUCACAUUUUCUUCAAAGUCCAGCAACCCAACUCCUCAACCCUCUGAAUUCCGAAUUGAAACUGACAGAAUCACAAAGCUCAUCAAUGAUCAUCCAUUCCCUGAUCUCCCGCUUCAACCCUUCUUCAUCCAACACAUCCAACCGUCUCUCCUCUCCACUGCUCUUGUCGAGAACGUCCUUGGCCGCCUCUUCUCCGGUCACUCCAAUGGCCUCAAAGCCUUCGAAUUCUUUAAAUUUUCUCUCAAUCACUCCCAUUGUUUUUCUCCUAGCUCCGACUCAUUCGAGAAGGCCCUCCACAUCUUGACUCGAAUGCGGAGUUUCGAUAUGGCUUGGGAAUUGAUGGAAGAAAUCCGUCAGAAACAUCCUUCCCUGCUUACCCUGAAGUCUAUGAGCAUUUUCCUGUCGAAAUUGGCUAAGUUUGGAUCUUUCGAAGAUACUCUAGAAGCCUUUGAGAGAAUGGAGAGGGAGGUAUUUUCUGGAAGAAGAUUUGGGGUUGAGGAGUUCAAUGUACUACUUCGGGCCUUCUGCACACAACGGCAGAUGAAGGAAGUUCGAGCUGUUUUCCAGAAGAUGUAUCCAAGGUUUUCUCCCAAUACCCAGACCAUGAAUAUCUUGCUUUUGGGUUUCAAGGAAUCGGGCGAUGUCACAUCAGUAGAGCUGUUCUACCAUGAGAUGGUCCGAAGAGGGUUUAAACCUAAUGUUGUAACUUACAAUAUUAGAAUUGAUGCUUACUGUAAAAAGGGCUGUUUUGGUGAUGGCUUAAGACUGCUUGAAGAGAUGGAAAGGGUAAAUUGCUUUCCCACGAUAGAAACAAUUACUACUUUGAUCCAUGGUGCAGGAAUUGCUAGAAACCUGUCCCGAGCUCGGCAAUUGUUUGAGGAAAUUCCUCUGAGAAAUUUGAGGCCUGAUAUUGGGGUCUAUAAUGCUUUAAUAGCUACUUUUAUCAGAGCUAGAGAUGUGGAGUCUGCCAUUGGGUUGAUGGAUGAAAUGGAGGAGUUAGAUAUUGGGCAUGACAACGUGACUUACCACACAAGGUUCUUAGGAUUGAAGAGAUCAGAUGGCCUUGAGGGUGUUUGUAAGAUGUAUCAGAGGUUGGUUGAGAGAAAUUUUGUGCCCAAGAUGCGAACAGUUGUGAUGUUGAUGAAAUUUUUUUGUGAGAAUCGGCGACCUGAUUUGGGGUUGGAUCUAUGGGGUUAUCUAGUGGAGAGAGGAUGUUGCCCUCAUGGACAUGCAUUGGAUUUGUUGGUUACAGGGUUGUGUUCCCAUGGAAGGGGUGAGGAAGCGUAUGAGUGCUCUAAGCAAGUAUUGGAGAGAGGAAGACAUCUUAGUGAAGGAGGUUUUCAUAUGUUGGAGAGGUUUCUGGUGCAAGCAGAGCAGAUGGACAAGUUGAGGAAGCUUGACCACAUGAUAAAGAAGUUGCAAACAGUUUUGCCUCCGUCAAGAGGGCAUGCUCUUGGACUUCUUGACCCAACUAUUGUAAAUUAAAGAAGCUACAGAUUGUAGGGAUUUUGUACUAAGGUAAUUUGCAUAUUGUAAAUUAACACAAUUACAGAUUGUAGAGA